UCGUAUCAUAUUUGUUUGUAUCGUCUGGUAGCUGUCAUGCACAUUAUCUACUUCGCAUUAGACUAAAUGCAGUUUUUUCAAUGGACCAGCGUUUGAAAGAUUUACUUUCCAACCUUGGUCGACGAACUCUGAGAGGUGUCAAACCGUGCCCGAAAUGUGGGACGUACAAUGGGACCAGAGGCUUCAGUUGUAAAAACAAAUCAUGUGAUGUCGUUUUUAAAGCCGCCGACGACCGUAAGAAGAAAACGACAGAGGCUUGUCGUAUAAGCACCGAGAACCAAAACGCACAAGUGUUUUCUGUCCGUUUACGUGACAAAGGCCCUGAUUAUAGAGAUUUUGUCCAACUUACCACUGAAUUAGUUGAUGCAGGAGAUGGCAGUUUUUCAACUGCUCAAAACGCUGAAUGUUUUGUUGAGAGCUGUUCAAACAAAAAUGACUCAUUUAAUCUCUUGCCCAUCACAGCAUGUCAGCACAUCCAAGCAACUCUGAACUGUCAUUCAGAAUCAGAAAUUUUACCAAUAAAAGCAUCACUGAUCCAUUCUUUAAACAUUCCAUCAGACUUGAAAGAUGAAUUGUGGAAUAUGGCUACUGAAGACAACCAAGGAUUGCAGAUGCCUAUUGUUCAGCGUGUUUCCAAAACCAUAUUUGUUGUAAAGUGUGCAGUUUCGAACAAAUUUUCUUUAGGUUUCCUUCACUGUUCAGUCAUUGAAACCCGCAACAAAACGGGGGCAUUGGAACGAAAGUUCGUUUGCCCUUGUCGUAAACUUAAAACCCCCAACUCAACUGAAAUAACAAACAGAGAAUGUGUCCACUUCUAUGCUUGUAUUCUGGCAUUCAUAAGUGAUGACAAAUAUAUGAAUGAAUUCUCCUAUCACAUUCAGGCAUCUAACGUCCUUCAAGUUUCGUUGGACAGCAUCGACGACAUAACAGAACGGCAGCUGGUUGUGCACUUUGAAGUAAUGCCGUCGGUAUCCGACGAAGCUGAUCUACUGUGUGGUGACGUAAGAGUACUCGACAAUUUAGUUCUAGCUACCGAAGACGGUUCUUCGGGGUUCAACGAUGAUGUCUCAGCAACGGGAAACGUCAACUUGACUUUGCCGGUCAACAUUACCGAAUUGUUAAACGGUACGCUAGAAGUGGUCCCACAGCAGAUGACCUGUUCCAGUACUCCAAUCAUCAGCCCAGAAGAGGCCGCCCAAAUUCAACGAGGCAAGAUCAAGAUCGCACCCCUUAAAAGACCACCUCGCAAAUUAGUUUCAGAAACCAGCAAUACUCAGCAUCAGAAUCAGCACACAAUUGAAACCAACCCUAAGCGUAUGCCUUAUUUAGAUGAUGUUUCCCUGAUGUUUGAACAGUGGCUAGCUUCUGUAACCGAACGAAUCAACCAGACAAUGCACUUUGGAAUGCCCGGCAACCCGGAUCCGCUAGUCUACCAGAUACCCCAUUCGUUUUUUGAAUGUCUUCGUGAGAGAAUCUCUGCAAAUGGAAGAAAGAAGCGUCUACCUAAUAAUACUGUCGUAUUUCAACGAAAGGAUCGACCCCCGUUUUCCACUUUGACCAAAUACACUUGGCAUCUCAACAACCCAAUGCAUGUCAAACAUAUCUUUGACACUCCUCAGGUGCAAUUGGAAUUGACGCGAAGUUUUGUCGAGAACCAAGAUGGGACGUUUGAUGUGUAUGUUCCAAAGAACAUUGAUACAUCCGGAGCUGGGCCUGAUUGUUCAGGUUUACCAACUCUUAAGCCCCUGGAACUCCAAACGUACAUGAUUAUCGGACAAAGCCACACGGUUGCGGAUGUUGAAACUUCUUGCCCCUUCAGCAUCGAGUGGAUCCCGGAUGUUCUGUUGCAAUCCAAAUUUGGGGAGUUAAGUCUGCAGUUUCAAUUCGGACACCAAAGGCAUCCCCUGGGAUUAGUUUCAGAUAGAUGUGGCAACAAACGAUUGAUCAACGGAAUUUCAGGCACAAAUCCCUUACCCGUGAACAUCGCCCCUCGUCGGAAGAAGUCGAAAGUCGUCGCUCCUCCAGACUCAGAUGCUAAAGAUUUACAGAAUCUGAAUAACAUUGAACUUGACUUUGAUGGCGUCGCUCCCUUAAACGAUAGUGAGUUCCAAGAACUGACUAAAUCUGUCCCCUGAGAUUUAUAGAAGAAAAAACAAAUCACGGUUUAUGUAUCGUGUUUCGCCCAAAAGGGUUGUGCUUCCUUCAUUUUAUCCAUUACCUUAUCUAUUACCGUUUCUCAAAGGAGGAAAAUGUCUUGUAUUCAAUUUUCUAAAAUUAUGUCGUAUUUACCUGGCCAUUUGCACUCGUCCAGCAACGGAAAUGUGGCGACGAUUUUCAACGGGCAAGAUGAUUUUUGUUCAUGCAUGCCAUGGGAGACUGGAUGCCGCGUUAUUCACCACUUUAAUGGAAAGUCACAUGACAGUUCUGAAAUUGACUUAAUGCUCUGUUCUACCCUUUUUUCCCUUGUUUACCAUUUUUGCGGUGAAGUUGUAUUCCCCGUCACAGGAAUAUUAGUAAACUGUAAAAUCGCUCGAA